GUACUAACACAAAGCCAUUUCACCAUGCAGCCGACCAACUUUUCUACCUCCUUCAACUUUGAUGGGAACCUUACUUCCAACUGUACCACCAUCUUGGACAGCAACCUCACCUCCAACAAUACAUCCAGGGACUUGAAUGUUCUAGCCCCUUGCUUGGUUCUGGGGCUGUGCUUUCUAGUGGGACUGCCUUGCAAUAUAGCAGUGAUCGUCACCCUUGCUAAAAAAAUCAAGCACAUGACGUUGAAGGAGAACGAGAGCUUCUCUCUGAAGUUGAUCCUGAGCCUAGCUGUCUCAGACACUUUGUCCCUCAGCACCAUCCCUCUGGUCAUCUACGUACUGACCUAUGAAUGGACCCUUGGUCCUUGGAUGUGUGGCCUCUCCACCUACGGCCUGUACUGCUGUUUAUAUGGCAGUGUUCUGAAUGUCACCUUGAUAGGUGUGCACCGGCACUGCAUUGCGAAGAAUGAGACUAGAAACACAAUGAGCAACAACCCUUCCAAGGAGCGACACCUCAAGGAGCGACAUAAUAAGAUGCUGGUGGGCCUCUGGGUACUGGUGUGUGUCCUCGCCUUCCCCAUUGUCUUCACUCGAGGGGUUGAGCCCAAGAGGGGACGGCUGAGGUGCCAAAGGAGUACAAUGUUUGAAUGGGAGAAAGUGUCAAUUCUUCUGAUGGAGACUAUUUUUGGGUUUGUCAUCCCUUUCUCCAUCCUGGCCACAUGCUACUUUUGUUUCCAGAAGAGGACCAAGCCAAAGGAUACAGAAGAGGAAUGCUCAAUGCAUCGAAACGCUGUCUCAAGGCAUCAGAGAAUGAAAAAUCUAGUGACCAGCAUUUUAGUAACCUUCUUUAUAGUCUGGAUGCCUGUAAAUAUCAUCAAUACGGUAGAUAUUGCUGCUAUUUUAGUCAGAACGGCUCAUCCGCGAGACUACCACAACAUUAAAUAUUUUAGGAGGAUGGUUGGGGAUAAUGCCAAGGCUCUGAUCUUAAUCAACAGCUGUUUGAACCCCUUCUUGUAUGCCUUUGUGUAUGAAAGACAAAAGAGAAUUAAGCCACAGGAUCAGAAUCAAACCAACCCCAUGAAUGCAACUUCUGUCUGAUUAUUGUGAUUACUGCAGUAGCUUCGUGUGGGGCCAACACAGUGGUGUAGUGCAAUCAGGCAGGUGAUCAAACAAGUUCUUUGGCAGAAUACGUGUUUGCAUUUUGGUUGUAACAUUUACAUGAUUUUGAACUUUCAGUGGACAAACCCACGAGUGUCUUUCAGAACCCCUUCUAAAACCCCACCUGUUUUGAUUGUUUUCAGUGACUCUUUGUUACUUCCCCUUUCUGUUCGAGCGAAAUGUUUGGUUUUCUUGCUGGGGAAUGUAAAAUAUGUUAUAAAUGAAUGUUUUUAUUACUAACCAAUAAUUAUUUUAUGAUUAGAAUGAUAUAAGGAUACAUUUUGUGGUAUCUUUUUAGAUACUUAAAUACAUUAUUGUGUUUUACACAAGCCAGAAUCCGAAUGAAUCAAAGUCGAAUAGUGGAUGAUCCGAAUCUCUCUGCAAGCCCUCUCAUUUAGUCUUUUUCCUGUGUUCAGAACAUGUUUGAUUUUUCUAUACUUAUUUGAUGGGUGGUAUUUUGCUUGUCAAAUGUAGGCCAGUGUGGUUUGUCUCUGACAUUUAUAGCUCUCUGUCUCUCAAAAGCUUGAGCUUCACAGUUUCCAGUAAAACACCAAAACACUUGGUGGAUAAAAAAUAAUCAGAGCAAAACUAUAAAAUUCUGUGUGGUAUAAAACAUGCCUCCUGAAUAUUUCACAAUCUUUUCAUUAAAACUCAUUGAUUUGCUGAUUUAAAUGUUUGACGCUAAAUUGGUAUCGGGUACCUGAUUAUGAAUUGACCAAAUAACUAUUUUAUAUGAAGAUGAAAAACCAUAUCAAGGCUUUGAAUAAAGUGCACAUUAAAAUAGUGUUCCUUCUGUGUAGAGAAACAUCCUGAUAACAUCGUUGUUUUAUCUUUUAAUUAAUGGUGAACGUAAUUAUCACUGAACAACGCUGCUGCAUUGUGCAGUUAUUUGAUGUAUUUUAUGGUGAAAAUAAUUGCUAAUAAAUCAUUGCCUGUGGUGGCUUGAUGUACUGUACAUGUAGAAGAAGUAAACAGCUAUUUGUUUGUUA